UAUUGUUCCUGCAGAGUGGAGUCUAGAUUGCGUGUAGUCGUGGUCUCAUUUGCGGUUUACCCAAGGAAAGUAGUGUUUUUACGAGGUGAUCGGUAAAACAGGAUAAUGCAAGGGGCGGCAGUAGACAAACAUUCUUACUGACAAGUCUCAAGUUCUUAUCUCAAUUUACAGUGGGUUUUAGAUUGUUCUAGAUGACGUCAUGAGGUUAAGUGCGUCCUAACGACAGUCAGUGUUUGGCAAAAAACAGGUCUGCUCCGAACGAAUUGUGAUCGCUCACUUGGGGAAUUUGUUUUGCAUUGAGUUGCCUAAAGCCAUCUCAAGAAGGAAACGAUCACUCGAGGUUUCACCAAAGAUUGCGUGUAUUUUGAGAUUAUUCGCCUUCUCGCCCCCUUAAAUCGUCGACUCGUCUAAGCUCGAAUCAUAAAGCCGCCUAAAGCCUUUAAUCAUUCGAUCAAUUUGUCUCGAGAAUAGCUUUGAAAUUCUUGCGUAUAUGCCACAUAAGAUGGAUAUGUCGCUAUCUAGGUUCAGAGGAGACCGCGAGCGGUUUGUGUAGGAUGCAAAAACUGCUCUUUCUUGUCUUCAUCGCACGCAUCCCAUCAGUGCAUCACGCGACGGUAGCAGAAGCUAUCUGGGGUUGAAUCAGAUUUCUACAAGUCACAUGCCAUCGCUCUUCACAAGUGCGCGCGUUCUGUUGAUUAUCACAAGACAUAACAGCCUUGACUCGCGGUGAUCUUACGUAGGGUAUUCAGUGACCACUGUGGCGCCCGUUUGGCCAUGUCAGUCUCGGUCGCACUUCCAUUCUAUUCGGCAUCUCUGGGCCUUCUCAUAGCGUUCGCCAUCCUCCGGUUUCUAUUCUGUACCUUGGUGUUUCGCAAGCUGGUCGUUAAACUGUUCAUCAAGUUUGCAGGAUGCGAAAUCAGCCAAGAAGUGUACGGCAAUAGUUUGUUUGGAUGGGAGAUGUACAAAGCCGUGACGGCCGCUUUGUUGACAGAUCUGCAGAAAAAAGCUGAGCUCGGUGCAGAAGCACCAAAUCCUUGUGUCGUGUCGGCCGACGGCCAGUUGCGUUCACAUCUGUUGGACUUCGCCAAGAAGAGCAGGCCGCUGGUGGUGAAUUUCGGCAGCUGCACUUGCCCUUUCUUCAUGGACCGCCUCAAAGACUUCAGCGAGAUCAUGGCGGAUUUUAGUGAUAUAGCUGAUUUCGUCGUCAUUUACAUCUCCGAAGCGCAUCCUUCAGAUGGUUGGGCUUUCAAGACCAACUUCCACGUGAAACGGCAUCGUACUCUGGAGGAAAGGGUCCAAGCCGCUCGGUUGUUUCAGGACGCGUCUAAGCUACAGGCUCCAGUGUUGGUGGAUUGUGUAGAAAACGAAGCGAACCGAGCGUAUGGCGCCCUGCCAAUCCGACUUUGUAUUAUCUUAAAUGGAAGAGUAGAGUUCGUUGGCGGGAUGGGUCCGACAUUUUACAAAACACAGGAGGUCAGAAGUUGGUUGACGACUUGGAGGGAAAGUGAAUUGAACGUGUAACUGUAGUGCUAUACACGUGCACAAGUAUUCAAAGUAGCACAGCGAGAUACAAGGUGGAACACUAAAAAAUGAAAGUUCAAGCACGUGUACUGAUCGCGUUCUUUCGCCAUCGCUGUAUCACUUACAUUCAAGAAUAUCAUGAACAACAUUAUAAGGAUUUUAAUCAAGGGGCUAGUGUUGACCACACGACAAACGCUAGCCGUCAAGCCUAAAGCUACAUAUCUCUGUAUGCUUGUAGGUUGUCAUAUUCAGUAGACCUGAAAACCUAAGUGCUGCCGGAGAGGCGUAUAUGGAAGAUAAAUUUGACACGAAAUUUCUUACUUGCUUCCCAUCCGAAGACAAUAUUUAAUAGCCAUACAUGCUUAUAUUUACUCUCGUUUCGUCGUACUAAGAGUUAUUGGAAAUUUGUAUUCAAAACAGAAAUUCUCUAGGAUAAAAGGUAAACAGUUCCUUUUAGUCUCAGUUGUGAGUUUCGAGGUGUAUAUUACCAAUAGUGAUCCCUUCAAAAGCAAUGUCACCAAUUUCGUGGUAUUUGCCUGAAGGUUAAAAGGACGAAAAUACGAUACAACUAUUUUAAUCUUGCCCUGUGCGGUCAUAGCAUUUGUGUUGUAUAACAAAACAAAGAACAAGGUGAGAAAAAUAAAUAACAGCUAAAAACUUGAA